CGUAGUCCGGGUUUCAUAAAAUCGAUACAGGAAUUCACGCUUUUGUUCGCGAGGGAACGAUACUGUCGUUCAUUUUGUAACUUAAGUCGUCUCGUGGUAGCGAGGCGGUCGACCGUGGAAUGGGUGUACGGUGUUAUCGAAGCAGCCAUUUCGUCGUGAAAGAUGUCCGAGGUGCCCGUAUUUAGGGCGUUGUGAUUCGAUUUAGAACAGUUUUUUCGGUGUUUCGACCAGUUCGCGACCGGAAAUCGACCAUGAUGCAGCAGCCCGUUUAUCAACAGGAGCAUGUUCAAGGAGUGCAAGACCAGGGUCAGCAAAUGGUGCUGUGCCCCGUGCGACUGGUCUACGAGACACAAAUGCUGGUACAGCCAGGUGACCAAAUACAGCCAAACCAAACCAUACUGAUCAACCAUCAAAACACACCACCAUGGAUCCAGAACAGACAGAUGCAAAACCAAGUUAUCUACGUCCAACAUGUGCCAACGAAUUAUAUGCCUACGCCACAACAACAUAUAGACCAGAAUCAAUUGUACAUCCAGAACUAUGGCUACCAAAAUAUGCAGCAAAUGUUUGUUCCGAAUCCACAGGAGCAGAUACGGCCGUUGCAAAUAAUGCCCAAUAUGAUGACAAACAUGCAACCGAUGCCGCCCAAUAUGGCUACAAUACAAAAUCCGAGAAUGGUGUCCAACGUUGCACCAAUGUCACAACAAGUUAACAUAGUGAAUGCCCAAAACCAAAAUAACAGCAUGAGCAGAAUGAUGGCACCCAAUCAAAUCAAUCCAAAUGAACUCAUAAAUAAACCGCAAGAAAUACAAGUGCAAAAUAUCUACAGACAUCAAAUGCCACAGACGGUGCAGCAAGAGCCAAGGUAUUCAUCCCAGCCAACCAUCACCAUGGUGCCAAAUAGCGUACAAAAUAAUAUACAAAGAGUGCCACAAACAUUUGAACAAAACGUUAACCAAAUACGACCAGUGCAACAAAACGUUGCAUCUAAUAUACAACAAGCAUAUCCAAAUACUAUAUUCAAUGUUGAUGAAACUAGAAAAGUUAAUACUGCGAAUAAGGGAACCAGUGCGACAAAUUUCAAUAUAGUUAACCCUAUUCCAGCUGCAAAGAAUAUACAACAAACGUACAGACCAAUACAGCCAAGGACUAACCAAGUUAGGAGUAAUGCGCCUAAUUUGCUCCCUAUGCAACCAUCGACAAGUAUUCAAGCACAACACACAAUGCCAAAUAUAAUAUCAAUGAAUAAUGUUCCUAGAAAAAUCAUGCCAAAUUCAGUUCCCGUAUCAAAUGUUAAUACAACACUUAGUAAUUUAAAAGUUGAAGGCAAUAACUUCCUAUUUAAUAGAAAACGAAAAAGCGAAUCUCCUGAUGAGGUACAUAGAAGAGUUACUAAUAAUAACCAAACAGAGGCUCCCGUUAUGAUAAAACAAAUACAAAAUGAAUCAUAUAAUACAAGUAAUUCUGCUGACGUUGGCGUUAAUACAAGUCCUAUUCACAGACCAUCUGGAAGGAUAACUAUAAAUAAUAUGCAAAUAAUUCCUUUAAAUUCUAAUUCUCAGAAUUCUAAACUAAUAGAGGAGUUAGCUAAACCUGUCCGAAGCAAUACACUAAGUAUACAGAUGCCAGAAACUACGAAUAAUGUAAGAAAUAUGAUUAACAUAAUACCAGAGUCUUUAGCUGAAACACAAACCGACAAAGAGAAAUUAAUUAGAAACACUGUAUAUGUACAAGCAAGGGGUAGAAUAUUAACUGACAAAGAUAAUGUCCCUGAACCACCUAAAAUUGAAACAGUAGUUAGUAAUCCUGAACCAAACAUAGUAUUACCAGUUGUUAACACCAAAACGGAAACAACAGCAAAUAACACCGAUCCACAUAUGCCUUUAAUCAAUGAACCACUACCUGAAACUAGUCAUGAAACAAUUAAAGAAAAAACGGAAAUCAAAAAAGAAAUAGAUAAAGAAAUACCAGAAGUCAAAAAAGAUAUUGCGAAAACACGGUAUAAUUUGGAAGAUAGUAAUAAGUCUAAAGUGAAGGUAGAAAUCAAAAGUGAAAUUACUACUGAAAGUGAAAGUACUUCGGCGGAACCGCCCAAAGAGGUUAUUAAAUUAAAAACAGAAUCUAAACCAAACGUUAAAGUGAAAGCAGAAACAUCUUCUGAGGUUAAGGAAGAAAGAGGCUAUAUACUUACACAUGUGCUUGGUGGAUUUGUUAUUCAGGAGUCAAAUAUUGCGUUUCCGAUAAGAAAACCACUCAAAGAAAAGACAUUCUAUAACAACUCCGAGGAGUCGAAAAAAGAAAACAAGGAUAGCGUAAAACGCGACAGGGAGUUUGUCAAAGAUAAUAGUAAAAUAUUGGACAUAUCCCAUCUUAAUAUAAAGGAGUGUGAGAAUAUGGAAGCUGAAGCAGACGAAUGCAAAACGAAUGAUGAAAACGAAAAUCCGUUUAGUAAAUUGGCCCCAAGUGAUGUCAGGACGUGGACGGCUGAACAGCUGGCAGCACACUUGGCGAAAUACAAUUGGAGUGAAACAGUGUCAGUUUUGCAAGACCACGAGCUGGAUGGCGAAUCCCUUUCGUUAGUCUCAAAGGCUCAACUAGUCACUAUCGGGGUAAAGGAAGAGCACGCGGAAAUAAUAUGCGAAUUUGUCAAAAGUUAGUUUCAGUCGCUGCCGAAGACUGGUAGUUAAGCAUUCAAUACUUCG